UCGCCGAGGUCGCAGGGGAUCGCAGUAGCUUCCUCUGUGCUGUAACUAAGUUAGCUCUUUUCUUUGUAUCUACUACGCCACUGAAACGUAGUACUAGAGGAUUCCUGAGCCUUUCGGGAACCCUGGGGAAAGAGGAGGGUGGGUCCAGAGAGUGACCCGGAAGCAGAAGUGUUUCCCACAGGCGAAGUGCUGGGAGACGGCGGCGGAGACCGCAGUGGGAGAAGCAGCGAUUUAUCCUCUUGCAGCCCCAACCUGGGAAGAAGAUGCUAAUUAAAGUGAAGACGCUGACUGGAAAGGAGAUUGAAAUUGACAUUGAACCUACAGACAAGGUGGAGCGAAUUAAGGAGCGUGUGGAAGAGAAAGAGGGAAUCCCCCCACAACAGCAGCGGCUCAUCUACAGCGGGAAACAGAUGAAUGAUGAGAAGACAGCAGCUGAUUACAAGAUUUUAGGUGGUUCUGUCCUCCACCUGGUGCUGGCUCUAAGAGGAGGAGGAGGAGGAGGAGGUCUUAGGCAGUGAUGGAUCUCCCUUUGUUUUACCUCCUUACCCUGUUAUUCAUAAUAAAGUAUCAUACAUCCUCUCACUCUCUGGGAUACCAGAAUCACUCUCCUCUCCCUCAAACGCCCUGUCUUAUGUGUCUACUGGUGAGAGAAUGUGAGGACCCUAGGAUGCAGUGUUACUAGCCUAGAAGGUCCCUGAUGGCUAUUGGGUUUGCAGUCCUGGGUGCAUCCCUCUUGUAUGUCUGUGCCCUUGGUUGUUAAUAAAGUAUUUCCUGGC